CGACGGAGGCGGGGAGGUAGGGGACGCGGAACCGAGGGACGGACUGAGGCUGGCUGGAUGGCUCAGAGUGGGACUGACAGUGACAGCGCUAAGGACAGGUGCGAGCAGUUAGCUUGAGACACAGGGAGAGGCGAGAGAGAGAGAAAGAGAGAGAGAGAAAGAGAGAGAAUCCGCGUGCUCCCUCCCCUGCAGACGCCCUCCUCUGUCCGAGGGAAGAGGCUGGGGCACUGAGUGGGAGAGGGAGAGAGAGAUGCGGGCUCAGAAGCAGCCAAGAGGGACCCUGCAUUGCUAGUGGGACCGAGCGACGAGGAGGAACCGCCAGACCCACUCACGGACUGACAGCGAGAGUGGCCGCUUGAGAACUGAGCGCAGGAAAGCCAGAAUCGCGCGCGGUGCUGUCAGGCUGAGCAAGAGACAGACAGACAACGUGCAGAGAGACAGACUGGCAGACAGGAGGUGGGGGCACGCUCAUUCCCAGCAGCCACCCGGGCGGAGAAGGCAGCGGCGUGCCCCCUGAGUGUGUCUGCAGCAGCGACAGGCAGCAGGGGCGGCGGGGUCGCCCGCUGAAGCCACCAGCGUUGCAGGAGCAGUGGCCACCACGGCCUUGCAAGGAUCCCAACCUCCGCUGUAAAAACCUCGUUUUACUAGCAGUUAAAUAAAUCGACCAAAAAAAAAAAAAAAAAAAGCCAAGCCAAAUCAAACAAAUCAAGCCAAAUCAAUCAUUGAGAAACAAUAAUAUUAAUAAAAGCCAAAAACUUAAUACAAUCAGUCAAGGCACCAAGACGCUGGGGGGAUAUCCACUGUGCGGUCAAGUAUGAAAACCAGUCAGUGAGCUGCGCUCAUGAGAAUGAUGAUCCAUGCUGUUAAAACUUCUCCUCCUCACACGCUUGUCCACAAAGACAGGGACGAAUGACGGAGCAUAAGGAGGGAAAGAGGAAAAGCAACUGUUGACGAUGUGUCAAACUGUGUAAGGGAAUCGCAUGGACAUGGGCAUUCCGAACUGUUAAUGGGGACAUGGGACUCCAGUUACCUCUGAUCACUUGUGUGGAUUUUCCCGGUGUAGAACGACAGAAGCCGCUAGUAAGUCGCCAAGACCUACAGCAGGAAUUCUGCGCAAAAGGGCAUCAAACCUUGCUGUUUUAAUUUGCGUCUGAAAGAAUGUCUGAGCCAGGGGACCUGAAUCAGGCCAUAGCAGAGGAAGGCGGGACUGAGCAGGAAAGGGCCACUCCAGAGAAUGGCAUCGUCAAGUCGGAAAGCCUGGAUGAAGAGGAAAAGCUGGAACUGCAGAGGCGGCUGGCGGCUCAGAACCAGGAGAGAAGAAAGUCAAAGUCAGGAGCAGGAAAAGGUAAACUGACACGUAGUCUUGCUGUCUGUGAAGAAUCCUCAGCCAGACCCGGAGGGGAGAGUCUCCAGGAUCAGGAAUCAAUUCAUUUACAGCUUUCCAGUUUUCCCAGCCUGCAAGAGGAUGAUAAAUCUAGGAAAGAUGACACUGAAAGAGAGAAAGAAAAGGAUAAAAACAAAGAUAAAUCCUCUGAAAAACCCAAGAUCAGAAUGUUAUCAAAAGACUGCAGCCAAGAGUACACGGAUUCGACAGGCAUAGACUUGCAUGAGUUUCUGAUUAACACGUUAAAGAACAAUUCCAGAGACAGGAUGAUACUCUUGAAAAUGGAGCAGGAAAUUAUUGAUUUCAUUGGUGACAACAAUAAUCAUUAUAAAAAGUUCCCUCAGAUGUCAUCCUAUCAGAGAAUGCUUGUCCACCGUGUGGCAGCUUACUUUGGGUUGGAUCACAAUGUGGAUCAAACAGGGAAAUCUGUGAUCAUCAACAAGACCAGCAGCACAAGAAUACCAGAGCAAAGGUUUUGUGAACAUUUAAAAGAUGAAAAAGGUGAAGAAUCCCAGAAGCGGUUUAUCUUGAAGCGAGAUAACUCUAGUAUUGAUAAAGAAGACAACCAGCAAAACAGAAUGCAUCCAUUUAGAGAUGACAGACGAAGUAAAUCAAUUGAAGAGAGAGAAGAGGAAUAUCAGAGAGUGAGGGAGAGAAUAUUUGCACACGAUUCAGUUUGCUCCCAGGAAAGCCUUUUUGUGGAAAACAGUAGGCUCUUGGAAGACAGUAGCAUAUGCAAUGAGACCUAUAAGAAAAGACAGCUCUUUCGGGGCAACAGAGAUGGCUCAGGGAGAACGUCCGGGAGCCGGCAGAGCAGCUCGGAGAACGAACUCAAGUGGUCCGACCACCAGCGGGCCUGGAGCAGCACAGACUCUGACAGCUCCAACCGCAAUCUCAAGCCCGCCAUGACCAAGACGGCGAGUUUUGGGGGCAUCACGGUGCUGACCAGGGGCGACAGCACGUCCAGUACCAGGAGUACCGGGAGGCUGUCCAAAGCAGGUAGUUCUGAGUCGUCCAGCAGUGCAGGCUCCUCAGGAUCGCUGUCCCGCACCCACCCCCCUCUCCAGAGUGCUCCCCUGGUCUCAGGUGUGGCAGCCAGUUCUCCUGGCUGUGUGCCCUUUCCAGAGAAUGGAAUGGGGGGCCAGGUUGGUUCCAGCAGCACCAGCUACAUCCUCCUUCCACUGGAAGCUGCAACAGGCAUCCCUCCGGGAAGCAUCCUUCUUAAUCCACACACAGGCCAGCCCUUUGUGAAUCCCGACGGAAGCCCUGCGAUAUACAACCCCCCCAGCAGUCAGCAGCCCCUGCGCGGCGCCGUGGUGGGGCCGUCGCAGCAGCAGCCCCGGCAGCAGUCCUCUCCUCAGCCGCAGCAGCAGGUGCCGCCGCAGCCGCAGAUGGCAGGAACGCUGGUCACUCAGUCUGUCCAGGGGCUGCAGGCUUCCUCCCAGUCAGUGCAAUAUCCAGCAGUCUCUUUUCCUUCCCAGCAUCUCCUGCCUGUGUCCCCAACGCAACAGUUCCCCAUGAGAGAAGACGUGGCGACGCAGUUCAGCCAGAUGAACCUGAGCAGGCAAUCCUCAGGAGAGACUCCUGAGCCCCCACCUGGCCCUGUCUACCCGCCAUCCCUCAUGCCCCAGCCAAGCCAGCAGCCCAGCUACGUCAUCGCCUCCACUGGCCAGCAGCUCCCCACGGGCGGGUUCUCAGGCUCUGGACCUUCCAUCUCCCAACAAGUCCUCCAGGCCCCUCCCUCGCCACAGGGCUUUGUGCAACAGCCUCCACCUGCACAGAUGCCCAUAUAUUAUUACCCAUCUGGUCAGUACCCUACCUCAACCACGCAGCAGUACCGGCCCGUGGCCUCCGUUCAGUACAGUGCUCAGAGGGGUCAGCAAAUGCCGCAGACAGCACAGCAAGCAGGUUACCAGCCGGUCUUGUCUGGUCAACAGGGGUUCCAAGGCCUAAUGGGAGUGCAGCAGCCACCCCAGAGUCAGGGUGUCAUGAGCAACCAACCAGGAACUCCGGUGCAAAGUGUGAUGGUCUCCUACCCAACCAUGUCUUCUUACCAGGUGCCAAUGACCCAAGGUUCUCAAGGACUGCCCCAGCAGUCAUACCAACAACCAAUCAUGCUACCUAACCAGACAGGUCAAGGGUCACUCCCAGCCACUGGAAUGCCUGUUUACUGUAACGUCACACCGCCAACCCCUCAGAACAACCUUAGGCUGAUUGGCCCACACUGUCCCUCCAGCACCGUCCCUGUGAUGUCGGCUAGCUGCAGGACAAACUGUGCGAGUAUGAGCAACGCCGGGUGGCAGGUCAAAUUCUGAGCGCUCUGGCUGUGGUACAUUUCUUCAGAUAUUACCCAUGGCCUUUAAGGGAAGAGGAGCAAGGUGGGAAAACUGGCUGAGGACUUAAGUAUUCACUCAACACUCAAAUAAUUGCUGCUGGUAUUCUGUAAAAAACAAAAACAAAAACAAACAAAAAAAACAGCAAACAAAGACUAAUACACACAUUAGCUGGUAAAUGGUGCAUAUUUCUGUCAUGUCUGCUAGGUAUGCCUUUAUAGCUUAGCUAGUGACAUGAAUUCAUCAAGGUAAGAUUUUCUCCUACCACUGAAUACCACUGUGUAGACUAUAUUAUCCCUACUUUGGAUUAUUAGUUUUGUACUUUGUGUUGAGUUUGUGAUGCUAAAACUAUUUAAAAAUUAUAUACUGAACUCAUAUUGUACCAAAGCUGUAAUGGAAAAGCAAAGAAUUGAUGAAUGGAAGGAAUAAUUUAUAUACACUAUAGAGUUUUCUUUUUUUAAUGGAUAUCUACUGUAUUGUAGUGUUUAACCAAAAUAAAACUAUUUG